CCAGAUCCUCUUGAAGCAGCAACUGGUCGUGAAAAGAAGAUGCUUAUAGCACGAUUGGCUGGAGAUGAUAGAUAUGAACCAAAAAUAUACUACAGGUCGGAAGCAUCGACACGUGAUUACCCAAAUCUCGUACCUGCUCAUGCUGAUCACAAAAUCGUCGGCUGUUUAUGUGAACCAGAUAGUGGUCAUGUCAAUUAUAUGAUUGUUCGUAAAGGUGAGCCAAAACGUUGCGAAUGUGGUCAUUGGUUUAAGGCUGUUGAUGCAGACCCUGAAUCAGUAUAA